AUGGUGAUCGGCCUCCUCAGCAUCGCCUCCAUCCCCACCGUCACCGGCGUCGCAUUCGGGGUCAGCGAGCAGCGCAAAUCGAACCAGCGCAAGGAAGAAGCGCGGCGCAUGGUGAAGUUCAAUAUCGAGGCCCGGACUGACGGCGACACGGACGAUGAUCGUGAGAUACAAGGGAAGGUAGCUGUUGUUCGCAAUGAGAAGGUCUAUCUCGACGACCCAAACCCCUCAAAACGCACCCAUCCCUCCUUCACUGCGCUCUCCUUCUACAUCGAAUACCCCGAACUCGAAGAAACCAAACACCUCGACCGUGGACUCGGGCUGCCGACCCAUGUCUCCGACAACCCACCACUACUGAACUGGGUGUAUGUGGAUGAGGAAACGCACGAGCUAAGGUAUGGAAAUCGGUCGCAGAGCGUCACGCACCUCGUUGGACCGUGGGACUGGACGGACGACGAGAAGGUUAUCACCCUCGAAGAGAAACGGAAAUUUGUCGCUGUAGAAGAAGACGAAGGUGAGGGUGUUUGGGCGCUGUAUUUCGAUCGUGAUGAGGAUGAGCUGGCGGCUGUGCUUGAGGAGCAGGGGAGGUUAGAGAGUGCGUUUGUGCCAGUUGAGUUGGUGAGGAAGGUUGUCGUGGAGGAGAAACCGCCUGGGCAGAAGCAGGCAUGA